GAAAAUGGCCUUCGCUAUACAGGAGUUGACACUCCUAUUAGAGGCAGAAAAGGUUCCUAACCCUAACAGGCAGAAAUAACUACAAUACAGGUCACUUACUACCCAGAUGGCCCUGGAUUUCGGUGGAUGACAUAGAAGUACAUGUAGAAUCAAUGGAGUCUGGUCGUGAAGCGAUGCUGCUCGUCGGUGAUUGGUCCUCCUGGCCAUGUGAUAGGAAUCCUCCUCUCCGAUUGGCUGGUUCUCCUGUGACCUCUUACAGUGACCUAACUAACCCUAACUACGUUCCCACUACAAUAUAUAUAUACACCGCGUAAUAUUAUUGUUUAAACCGAUUUUCAAUGCCAAACAAGUUAUUUGAUACACUGGGUUGAAUACGUGGGCAAUUAAUUGUAUUUGGAAUAUCCGUAGUAUUUUCGGUUUAGAAAUGUCGAUCGGAAAUGCGACAUCAGGAGAAUGGGUGGGGGAAUAUCCAAACGAGAAGUACGUCUUCAGCAUUAAAAACACGUACGUGUACGUAUGCGAGGCAUCCAUCACUGACGUCACUGAUGUUGACGUCAUAAUAAAUGCGACGAAUGAUAAACUUGCUAGCGGGGCGGGAGUAGCGGCCGUUAUAGCCAGAAAAGCGGGAAUAGCAGUAACCAAUGAAUGCAGCAGUUUUAUACGCGAUAAUGGUGCCCUUCCUGUCACAGAGAACUUCGUAUCUACCGCGGGAUAUUUACCUUUUAAGGGUAUCAUCCACGUUGUAGGACCGACAUGGAGUAACUAUACCAGCAGACAAAAGUGUGCCAAGGACCUGUUUCAUACAGUUAUAAAUGCAUUAACGACUGCAAGAAGUAAAGGAUGGUCAAAAGUAGCUUUUCCAGCAAUAAGUUCAGGCAAAUCAGGAGUUCCGAAACAACUUUGUGCCGAGAUGUAUGUGAUGGCACUUGCAGACUUUGCUCUGAAUGGACCAGAUGGAAUGAAAGAGGUACACUUUGUCGAUACGAACCGCGAAAUGAUAGAUCUAGUUUGCGGGGCGCAAGAAAAAUGGUACAAGAACCCUCGAUCUCUUGCAUUUGAAAAUGCGUCAAACUACCGUCUCCCAGAAAAGCAAGCAAGAAGAGCGUCCCAGUUCCAGGGUACACAUACUGACGCACAAGCCGACAACUUGGCUUUUGCAGUUUCAGGCCAAGGGAAACAACCACAAAGAGCUCCCAGAUAUGGUAAAUGCCUUAAAAAUGUAUAAGCAAAACAUCAUGAAAAAAUUAGGUACGAAUUUUUGAAAUGAUUUGUCUCAGUGAAUGAUAGUUAAAAUUUAAUGUUUCACCCACACUUGAUCAAAUGCGCAAUUUAGAAUAUUAUUGUUUGCCAACGUUGUAAGUACAAACGCAAAUAUGACUAGUCUAAUGUUUAUAUAUAUAUAUAUAUUUUCAAAUACAAGAUAACAAUUGAUGUACACAGCAAAGGCGCCUUUUGAUAAAGAAACAAAAGAGAAUAGUUUGUUUAACAUUCUUUUAUUGAAAAAGUAUAAACAAUUAAAUUUAACUUUUAUAUCAGAUAGAUAGAUUAAAUGUCACAAGAAAAAACAUUACAAUGCAAGUAAAAUAAAUCAAUACAAAAAUCACUUACACAAAUUUAUUUCCGUUCGAGAAAAAAAGAACGAUUCAAAUAUUAGAUCAAACUUUCUUUAUCUUUUCAAUAUCAGUAACAACAGAAUAAGUCCAUAGUUAAACAAAAGGCAUUAUGCAAUAUAAAGCAUAGAUUUAAAAAAAAAGUUUGUUCCCGUAUCAAGUUUAGGUGGCAGAGGAUAGUUAACUCGAAAAAUUCCUU